UAAAUUCAGUAUUCGUACCUAGAACAGCGACGCCCCCUCCGCCUCUCCUCGCCGUUCGUUUCGCUUCCUCUUCUGGAGAUGCUGCAACAACUGCGAGGCAGCAACAACAACAACGACAAGCGAGAGGAGCGUGCAAUGCAAAUAAAAGAAAGAAAACGUCUAAAAACAGUGAAAUUUAGUUAAAACAAAUCGUCAAAAGUGUGUGAAUUAGUAUCGAUUAGUGCCAACCGCUUCGCUGGUUCCCAUUUUGUGCUCUGCUUUGCUCAAUUCGAUACGAUUUUCAAUUUUAUUCAUGAAAACAAUGAGAUCUAAGAACUCACGGACAACCAUAUCAUCUGUAUCCAGGGCGAUGGACAUCUGAUGUCCAACUGAAGAAUCUGCGAUCAGUCCGAGGAAGCGCAGCGCCAGUGAGAAAAUUCGGCAAGCCAGACAGUAAACUCUCUGUCUGUACAAAAAAAGAAAUAAAUAGCUAAUCAAAUCAAUUGAUUGAUCAAGAUGAGUGUGAUUAUUCGGUUACAAAAUCUGCCGUGGACGGCAAAUGCUCGUGACAUUCGAAACUUCUUCUCGGGCCUAGCGAUUCCCGAGGGCGGUGUCCACAUAAUCGGCGGCGAGAUGGGCGACGCUUUCAUCGCUUUCAGCACCGACGAAGAUGCCCGUUGCGCCAUGUUGAAGGAUCGCGAGAAGCUGAUGGAGAUCCAGGUACGCCUGCUGCUCUCCUCGCGGGCCGAGAUGCAGAAGGUCAUUGAGACAGCAAGGAAAGGAGCUUCCGCUCCAGCGCCAAUAGCCGUACCGGUACCAAUGCCAGUUGUUACCCAUAUGGCGGCCUCCAAGACAGGCCCAGCUACUCCCAUGCCGCCGAUUAUCGGGGGCUUAGGCAGCUUCCUGAGCCAGGCCAAGGUCGCCACUUCAGGUGGUGUGCCCUCUUUUCUGGCCUACCAGCAGCAGGCGGGGAUCACACUCUCCGAGGUCACAGGUCGCCGCAGUCGCAGUCGUUCCUCCAGUUCCGACGAUAGCGACAGGGAGCGUGAGAGGGAGCGGGAACGGGAACGAGGUCGCAAACGUCGCUCCGACCGGUUUAAUAAUAGCCAGGAAAGAGAGCUGAAGAUGGUUUCCAGUGGAGGUGCGCCACCAUCUCCCUGGGCUCAGCCAUCUCAAAAUCAGCUGCCAGGUAUGGGACUGGGUCUCAACGUUGGUUUGAGCCUGAAUAUGCCAACGGUUUUGUCUUCACCCCAGAGCUACACCACCAGUAGCACCACCAACAACGUGACCAACAACUAUAAUCUCGCUCCGAGUGCACCCAAUGCCCAGCUGCUGGCCGCUCUACAGCAAGUGGUCAGCGGUAGUCCAGUUCAGGUGCAGCCAGCGAAGGUCGAAGGCGAGCCCAUUGCCUUUGCCAGCGUGAAUCCCUAUGCCCAGAUGUACCCGCAGCUCUUCCAGCAGCAGCAGAUGUUGCUCCAGCAGCAGCAGACUCCGGCCAAAUUAUCGCCAUCCAUGUCCAGUUCUCCGGGAGGAGGCAACACUCCUGUGGCCAUAGCAGACACCUGCUACAUUCGGAUAAGUGGCAUGUUGCAGAGUACCUCGUACAGCGACAUCCGCAAGUACUUCCAGGGCUUGUACAUUCCGCACAAUGGCAUCAAGAUCAUGACCUCAAAUGGCAGUCGCACGGGAGUGGCCUACGUGGAGUUCUCCCGAGUGUCUAGUGCCCAGAAAGCAGUGCAGCGGAACAAUACAAUGUUAAAGGAUCAAUUGAUCCAGAUUGUACCUGUCGGCGAUGAAGAAUUCGAGCGGGCGGAGGAGCUUGCUAAUCGUCAACAAAACGAGGGGGGCAGAAAUCAUAACCACAAUGGUGGAGAUAGGAGCGAACGGGGUGGAGGAGGAGGUGGUGGAGGGGGCAUGCCCAAGCCCAUGCCCAUACCCGUUACUAAUGUUCUUCGUGUAGAGGAUCUGUCGCAGCAUGUCACCGAGCAGGAAAUCAUGAAGAUGUUCUCCGCCAGCUACACCGUUGUGGACAUCCUUUUGAGCCGCAGUCCCAAUAAUCGCCGCGAGAGUGUGGCCUUUGUCCUGUUUGCCAGGGAGUCGGAGGCAGAGUCCGCUCUGCAGGAUACCAGCAAGCACUAUAUAGGAUUUCGCCAGCUAAGGGUAAGUCCCAGCAAUCAGGCGGAAAUGCAGAAUGCCAAGGAGAAACAGCGUAGAGCCAAUGAGCAGCUGCUCAAGGAGGAAGCUGAUCAGAGGGAUGAGCUUUUGAAGGAUCAACAAAGAAGGCAGAAGCUGCAGCAACAGGAGCAGGAAAACAACCAGGCCAGCAGGUUCGCCGCCGAUCCCAGAAGGCGUCAGGCCGAGGAGCAGCAGCAGCAACACCAACAGCAGCAGCAGCAGCAGCAGAUGAAUAUGGGCUCAAAUAUAAAUCACAAUAUGAAUAUGAAUCCCAACAUGAACCAUAACAUGAUCCCACCCUUUGUUAAUGGUGGCAAUAUGCCCUUUAAUAUGCCACAUCAACAACAAAACGGAGGCCACAACUUCCCGUUCAACAUGAAUAACAAUUUCAACAUGAACGGGAAUCCCAAUGGCAAUGGACCCAACUUUCCCAUCGAUAAUGGGGGCGGAGGUGGUUUCCAGCGUCCCCGACAAGAGGAUGUCUUCGUGCGUGUCCACAACUGCGAGUAUGCCACCAGGGUCAAUGAUCUGGGUGAACUCUUCUCCCUUGAGAACCUACGUAUCGAGCACAUCGAGCAGCUUUUUAAUGAUCGUAACCAGAGCUCUGGAGAAUUUAUUGUGGAGUUCUGUGAUCCUGCCAGUUGCAAGCAGGCCAUUAGGGAGUUCCACAAUCGCCGCUUUAGAGGAAGGGGACUGCGAGUGGUUGCAAUCACACCCCAAGAGAUUGCUGAUAAAAUGAAUAAACCGUUCAUGGAUUAUCUGCCAGGAGGAAAUGGUCCACGAAAAGUAGAAACUGGAAAUGUGAGUGAUGGCGGAAGUGGAAAUGGAGGCAGUGGAAGGUCUGAUGGAGGUCAGGAACCACAGCAAUCUCGGCGUCGCAAGCCUAGUCGCUUCGAUGACAUCAGUAGUCGCAAUGAUUCUCCGCAGGAUCAGCCACCAAAAAAGCAGGAGCGACAGCAGUCCCUGGAAAAGGAGGAGAACAGCAAUGGGAGCUCCAACGCCCCCGUCAAGCAGCACUUCAAUCCAUUUGCACGACCGGAUCCCGCCCUGAGCAGCAGCUCCCUCUCGCCCAGCAAUCAGAGCCAAAGCAAACAAACCUCACCAGCGCCCGUUACCACUUCCCUAAUCCCGGACAAGUUCAAUCGCCCGGGAUGCGUGGUAGCCAUGCGAAAUGUUCCGUACAAGGCGGAGCUAAAGGAUAUCCUGCGUUUCUUUAGCGACUACAAGCUAAGUCCGGAUGACGUCAUACGGCGCUUCAAUGAUGAAGGGCAACCAACGGGGGACACCCGUGUGGCUUUCGAAUCCCCUGCUGAGGCACUAUCCGCAUUCGAAUCGUGCCGCAGGAAGCAGAUAUUCAAUCGCACCGUUUUCCUGGAUAUUGUAAGGGCUAUCAAUCCUCGACUGUUUGACCAUAGCUAGUAGUGUUUAUUGUAAAUAAGUAAUAUUAAGACUAACACCAAACAUAUGCAGCAGAUAAGGCAUGGACAGUUUAGAGAAGUUCCAAGCUUCUAAGUUUUUUCACUUUGAAUGUACAUAGACUUGUUUGAAUAAAUUUUAAAAAACAUAUAUAUUAUUAUAUUUUAUUCAACAAUUUUUUUCGGAGAAUGAUUUGCCAAUGGCUCAAUGUGGAGCGUGUUUUCGAAAGUCCUGGCAACGCCGCAGAUUAAUUUUAUUAUUUUAAGAAACUCCUUUUUAUUUGAUUUAAAUUUAAAAACAUUAUUUUGUAGCAUUACAAAACCACAACAACAAAAAUUUGUUGACAUUGUUAUAAAACUACUAAAUUAUUUGCAUAAUCUUACGAUCCAUAUUUACAUUAAGUGUAGCUACAAAUAUACCAAAAUAAACGAAUUAAAAUAAAAAUCCCUUGCCAAUUAA